UAGCGUUCGACCAAAGGGAGAAUAUCAUCCUACUAACUAGUGCCCAAGUGGCUUCUACUACUUUUCGUUUCCACCUCGGCAGUCUCAGUGUGUUUAUCCUGCAGUUUAUUUCUGAUACACAGUACUAACGGCAAGCGACGACACAGCCGGUUGCUGGAAAAUAAAGUCACGCAAUACACAAUGAUCGGUUCCGUUGCGGAGGGGGCCGAGGCCGUGGUGCACACGACGGCGUACGUUGCGUAUGUGAUCUCUUUCAAGACUUUGAGCAGCGAGCCGGGCAGCGAGAUGUCCGCGCGUUCGAAGUUCCACGACUACCAGUUAGGGUUCGACGUGCCCUUGUUGAUCAGUCUCAACCUGGCGUUCCACACCUUUGUCCUCGUAAGUGUCUGGCUGGCGGCUUUCGGCAGCGGCGUAGCCGCGGGCAAGGAGGCCACAGUUACUCCGUUGUUCUGGCGCGGGCCGACAUCACACCGGGUCGCGACCGUGUUCGGGAUUCCGCUGGAUUUUCUGUGUGCCAACGUGAUUCUGAACGUAUUCAGUGGCAUUUCGUUUCUCCAGGCCCUGAUCUUCCUCCCGGCGUCGAUUGCGGAGGCCAUCAUGCAGACCGGGCCGGCGAUGUCCAUUCUGAUCACCUCGAUUCUCCAGCCGCACAUCCGCUACAACCGGUGGGCCUGGGUUUCCGUGGUUCCCAUCGUGGGCGGGGGAGUCCUCGCGUGCCUCCGGACCGACGGGGGGGCCCAAAACGCGGAUCCGAAAACAAAGUACCUGCUCGGCCUGUUUUGGAGCAUGAUCGCGCUGCUCUCCCGCUGCUUGAGAAUCAUCGUGGUGGACCUGGUGGUAGGGCGGUACGAGGACCGAGUUAAGGGCACUCUGCAGGACGAACUUUCCGAGGACACAGAGCGGGAGCGACUAAUACUAGGCGGGGGCGAUGACACCUCCGAGAAGCAGCAGCCCACGAAGAGUGCUGUCGGAGGAGGUGCGACGACCACCUCUUCCCUACCCGAUCGCGCGCCCAAUCCGCAAGACGACGUUGUACUGCGCAGCACAACGCCAUCAGCACCAGCCUCGCCGCGCACCCUUCCGCCCGCGCUGAAAGUUUUACAAGUGAUGAUGCCGAUCAACACCGUCAUCUACCUGCUUGCCUCGCUGCUGAUCGAGCGCGGCCUGAACGACGAGUGGGCGCCGUGGCAGAAGAUGAAGUUGCUGAUGGCCGAACCGGCACCGGCGAACAGUUUUGUUGCCGGGGGCACGAAGGGCACGCUGCUCGCGGUUCUCCUGCUCAUCGUGGGUACCACCGGCUUCCUGUGGCUGCUGACCGAGUUCCGGCUCGUGGAGCACAGCGGGUCCUACACGGUGGCCAUUCUGGCGAACCUGAACCGCACCGGCGCGAUUGUGGCGGCCGUGCUGGUCCUGGGCGAAAACAUGACGGCGUCGCAGGUGUGCGGGGUCGUCGUGGUGGCCGCGGGCGUGUUUCUCAAGUUCACGCUCGGGGAGGCGUACUUCGUCGACGUGCAGAAGGAACUCGACGCGCUGUCCGCGGACGAGCGCGCAGAGGUGGACGAGACGCAAAUCAGCCAAAAAGUGCGGUCCAACCUGGCAUUUAACGACCUGCAGAUCCCCCGGAUGGUCACGCCCACCUUCGAGCUGAACCGGAACAUCUCCCGCGAAAUCAGUAAAAGCAGUACGACGGCGAAAACGAGGAAGGCUCGAGGGCCGUCGCAGGCAGGCGACGUCAUAGAAACCUCGACGAGCGGUGAGGCGCAGAAGGAAGCGUCCCCGUAA